AUGGAUCACCUUUCCUCACUACCUCUUGAAAUCGUGCAACUGGUCAUUGAACACCUUGAAUAUGCAUCCGAGGUGAAUUCACUCGCGCAGACAUCGCGUCACCUAUGCAAAAUCGCCACGUCUCCUUUUCUUUACCCUCAAUACGCCAGACUUUGUUCCCCGCAUGGCUUGGAUCGUUUGGUCGCAAAUGGGAAUGCAGACAGCUUACGCAGACUCGUGGCUAACGGGGUAGACUUGAAGAAAUAUCUUGAAUAUGGCCGAUUUCUCCGCGAAAAAUCGGAUCGUCGAUGGCCAGUGGAAGUGGCUGCAUCGGGAGGAUUCGCGGAUGUCUUACAGGUCUUUCGCGAUGUAUGUGGGCCUGAUAUCGUGCGACCUGGCGAUUUGAACAUUGCGAUAAACAAGGGGGAUCUUGACGUUCUGAAGCCCUUUUUUCAUGGCGGUGUGCCCGAUGAAGUGAAGAAAAGCUUGUUAAAGGAAUACAUUGAGCAUACCGCUACCCGUGGAAGUGUCGCCUCAAUGAAAUGCAUGAUCGAUGGAGGUCUCGACGUCAAUUCUUUCAGUGAGAGACGACUGACACCACUCAUGAUGGCAGCAAAGGGCGCUCAUUUAGAUAUGACGGAGUUUUUGCUUGAGGCUGGAGCCGACCCCAAUCCCGAAAAAUUUUCAAGGGGGUCUUAUCAAGUCGCAAACACACCUCUCUACUAUGCUGCGACGGCACAUACCAAAAGGAGCUCGGAGGCGGUGGUACGGUGUCUGUUGAAUCACGGUGCGCGCUUGGUCGAACCGAAACAUGGCGCAUGCUUUUCUUCGGGUCGGCCCAUACCGGAAUCAUUGAGAAGACCUCCAUCGCUUUCGUCGUAUUGGGGUGAACCAAGACCAAAGGUAUCAAAGGAAGCAAAGGAGCUGGCAGCUUUAAACAAAGUGAUAGCAAACGAAACAAGAGCUUUAGCGCAUUUAGUCGUCUGUGGAGCAGAGGAUAUCGCGCAAUUGAUCAUGACCCAGAGUGAUUUCGAAGCAAGAUUGGCCUCGAGUGACAGUCGUGACCGAGGUUAUAUCCUCAUCUUCGCCGCUGGGAUUGGAGACGAGGAUCUCACUCGACGUUUACUCAAAAUUGACUCUCUGUCCGUACAGAUGUCUCCGAGUCCAAUCCAGGAAGCUGCAAAGCGCGGAAAUUCAGAUAUUCUGAAGCUGCUACUUGACAAGGUGGCGGAAGAGUUUCCCAGGUAUAUGAACGAGGUUUAUGUGAUGGCCGUAUCAUCUGCUGUCGACAGCAACCGGAAAUCAACUCUAGCAAUGAUACUCGACCACGGUGGAGAGGACGUUCUUUCAUUGGUGGUAAACAGACUACAUGCUGAGAAAUUCCUCCUCCGAAAUCAAUUGAUAUCUUCAAUCCUAGUGGAAAGAGGGAUUCUGAAACUUUUCGUUGAAGGAGACUCCCUAAACGCCACGUUGCAGACGGCAAUGAAAGAUGGGAAUUAUAAGUUUAUGACUCAAAUAAUGCGCCACUUCAACUUAUCGCCCUCCUUCUACCUGAAACGCCGGCGCGGUAGUUUGCUUGAAUUUGCCGCUGAAUAUGGCCCUGUUGAAGUGUUCAAAGAGAUCGUUUCAUUAAGCGUUGAUAUUGAAAACGAUGACAUAGCUCGUUCGGCUUUGUUCCGUGCUGCAAAUGGUCUCCAAACUUUGAUCAUUCAAGAUCUUCUGGAUAGAGGACUCUCAGUGAACACCACUACAAUUACUACAACUACUGGCCCGGAUGGAUCAAGAGAGUCUACCGAACCCCUGAUUGUCCGAGUAGUUGGAUCGGACACCCCUUUCCCGAAACAUAGUAUCCGGGCUCAAUCCACAAUACGUCUACUUCUGGAACGAGAUGUUGAAAUCGAUGCGGUCACCUCGCGAGGAGAAACGGCACUUCUCAAAGCGAUAUCACGAAAUAAAAUCGACAUUGCUAAGCAGCUGUUAAUCGCAGGUGCAAAUCCAUUCCUUAAGACUGGGUUUAGGCAGAACCCUCUUGAGCUGGCUUUUAAGAAGCAUCGCUGUGAGCUUGUAAAGAUCUUUUUGGAUGUCGCCUCAGCUCGCGGCUACCAGCACGAAGACUUUCUAAGUCUAAUUCCCUCUCAGAACAUCGACGACAGUCUCUGGGAAGAUGCCCGCUGUCCACACUUCUACGCACCAUCACGAACCCCUGAAUCCGAACAGGGGCGUAUUUCACAAAGGUAUAAGUGGCAGAGGGGUGAAGGGUCAUGGGCUGACACAAAACGACGAAUCGAGGGCAGCGACGACUUCUUGCAAUAUCCAAUUUACUGGGAGAGAUUUUUUAUGAUUAAAGAAAUGAAAAAAUACUAUUGGCGAACAAAGUACCCGAUUACACAGGAUGCUGAGUGA